UUCACAGAUUACGUCCCCAUCGUUCCCGACGGCCGCUCCGCCUACUCGCUCGCAACGGUCUACGACGCCCCUUACAUGGACUCUCGCACCUCUCUCCUCUCCAACUCCUCCGACGCCAACUAUGGCACAGCUCCUCCCCCCUCUCAGCCGUCCUCCAGGAGGCUCCUGUGGAAUGCCACUCUCAAGAUGGCCACCAUUUUCAUCCUGAGCACUGCCUUCCUUGGUGGAACACUGUGGCUUGCGUUGCCGACGCUUGAAGAGCAAGAUAGGCCCAUGCUCAAGAUUCCCAAGAGCUUUGCCGAGUUGCAGGCUCUCAACCUUCUCCUCAAGAAGUACCGGGACAUCUACCCAUAUCGCAUCGUGGUCUGCUAUGUGACCGCUUACCUAUUCCUCCAGGCGUUCUCAUUACCAGGAUCGAUGUACCUCUCCAUCCUGGGCGGAGCUGUUUGGGGUGUGCCUCGCGCGCUCCCUCUCGCAUGCGCAUGUGUUGCUACUGGCGCAACGCUCUGCUACGCCAUCAGUGCGGCGCUCGGUCCUGCACUCCUUACAAUGCCUCGAUGGAAGGCGAAGCUCGACGUCUGGGGAGACAAGCUCCGCGCACACAAGGACGACAUUAUCUCGUUCCUCAUCGUCCUCCGCAUCGCCCCACUCCCACCUCACUGGGUAGUGAACGUCAUCUGCCCGCACGUCGGCAUCGGCGUCGUUCCGUUCUGGAUCAGCACAUUCCUGGGCAUAUUCGGUGUCACCGUCAUCCAUACGACGAUUGGUGGCAGCCUCGACGACAUGACUUCUGCCGACGACUUCCACCUCAUCUCCUGGAGGAAUUUCUUGGGGCUCUCCGCAGUCGUCGUCGGCGUCAUGAUUCCCGUCGGCCUUCGCUACUACUUCAAGCGCGAUAUCCAAGCUGUUGCCGACGUCGAGGCGGAGGCGGAGGCUGCAGAGGAGGAAGAAGCCAGGGGUGAUAGGAUACUCGCGCAGGGCCCGCCCAUCCGCUCAGAUCUGGGCAAGGUCAAGGCGCAACAACCCCUCAUCGUCAUUUCGGACGACGAGAGUGACUUGCUCGGCUCAGACACCGAGAGUGACGAGGAUAUCAUUCUCGAGGCGGGCCCCGCUCUCAUCAUCAAGCAGGACGCGAAGCCCUCGUCAUCAUCGUCAGCGGCCCCUCAACCAAACGACUCCAACUCGCGAGCAGAUCUCUUGUAGUGCCCCCUUCCCUUGUGUCCUAGCUCUCCUGUCCCCCGACACGACCUCACGCCCUUAGCGGUCAUGAACCCGUUUUUAUCGAGCGCUGUAGACCACCCAUCCCACCAUCUCCCUGUGUAUUGUAUGCCAAAUCGGUCUGGAUGUACCUGUCCAUUGCUCCACACCCCGACACCACCACCUACGUGUUUCCGUAGAUUUGCAAGUUCACGCUUCUCUUCUUGCCGGUCACCCGUCUCUAUCCUCACCCCCGAUCCACCCCGUACUUCCAUCCUGUCGUUCUACGUCCCUCCUUUUGCC